AUGAAUGAAGAGUUAAUCAAUGAUAAACUACAUUUAAGUAAACUUUACUUCAAAUCCAAUGAUUAUAGAAAUGCUUUGAAAACUUAUACUGAAUUAAUUCUUUUGAUAGAAUCUUAUUCCUUAGAAGAUUUGAAAAAAGUUAAUGAACAUUAUAAUUAUAAUCAUCCUAUACUGACAUUUCACCCCAAAUUAAUAUCUAUUCUUGAUCAAAGAGCUGCCACUUAUGAGAAACUAAAUCUUUUGGAUAAGGCGUUAAGAGAUGGUGAAAAGAUAUUGAAAAUCAAUAGUUUUGAUGUCAAAGGAUAUUUGAGAAUAGGUAAAAUCCAUAAGUUGAGAAAUGACCAUUUGAAAUGUUUCAAGAUCUAUCAAACAGGUGUUUAUACUAUCAGAAAGUUCAAGGAGAAAUACCCUGAGUUCAAAUUCAAUAGAGAUUUGUGGCAUAAACUUGUUUCUAAUUAUAAUGAGAUAAACUCCUUCUUGAAGAGCGAUAGGAAUUCCAAACCUCCUGAGCCUCCAUUGAAGAAACCCAGAAUAAAGAAUCUUGAUCCUUUGAAUUACUUGAAUUAUGAUGUUAUUGAGCAUGUUUUUGAGCUCUUGCCCAACACUUAUAAAUAUCAUUUAGUGUGUAAAAAUUGGUAUCAAACGUUGAAAUUAUUGAGAUUAAACAGAUCCGUACAGUUGAAGAGUAGAAUUUUAUCCAGAGAAUUCGCCAAUGGGAUACCUUAUUUCAAGACCUUGAAGGAACUCGAACUCACAAUGUUACCUACAAACGAUACAGAAUUUUAUAGAGUUGUGGAACUCAUAGUGAACAAUAGAUUAAAAAUCAGUAAAUUUGAAAUAUUCAAAAUUAUCAAAUUAAACAUGCUUUUUUCAAAAUUUGACAAAUUCAACUUCAAUUUUGGUUUCAAGAAUAUUCGGUCGUUCAAGAGUUAUGUGGAUAAAUCACCUCAUAACUUGAUUAUUCAUUUAUUUCCUAAUCUCACUCAUUUAGAAUUGAUCAUUAAAGCUGAUAACUCCAAAGAUCAUGACUCCUUGGUUAUAAAUAAUAAAUCACUCGUCCGGAAGCUAUACGAUAACGUUCCGCCGAUAGAAACUUUGGUUUUGAUAAGUAAUUUGAAACAACCAAUUCCAUUUUUAUCAUAUUCCUUCAACCUCACAAAGUUGGUGAUAGUCAACUUCAAUUUUGAAAACAUUCAACACAAAUUUGGAAUUUUUUUACAACGAUGCUCCAAUUUGAAAGAUUUAAUUUUAGAGAAUAACGACGAUUUCUCCUUCAAAAUGUUUAUGAAUAAUCUCAUAAACUAUAAGUCCGAUUUCAAAUUGAACUAUUUAAUGUUCAGAGAAUAUUCUAUAAGUUUAACAAGUUUGUCAGAAUUUGAACUUCUGGAUUUUAACAAUCUAACCGAAUUGACCAAACUAGACUUAUAUUCUACAUCUUUGACCAAUAGAGGGUUGUUGAAGCUUCUUGGAGUGACGAAAAAUCUUCAAUCUUUAGUUCUUGGAUCAUCCAACUAUUUAUUCUUCAAAAACGAUAUCAUUAACAAUUAUCCCAAAAUUUCAUUGAUCGAAAUACUUGAAAGAUGUUGCAAACUUAAACAUAUUUCAUUGGUAGAUCUAAACCUAGAUAAUGUCAGUUGCAGGAAGUUCAACCAUGAUUUAACCAACUUUUCCAAAAUAGGACAAGUUCAAGGACUCACAUUAGAAUUGAGUUUCAAUGUCAACAUCAAUGGGAUUGGAUUAUUCAACUUACUUUCAAAAAUCGAUGCUAUUAGAGUGUUGGUUAUUGAUGGUAUAUCCAUAAAUCAACAAUCUUUACAGCUUAUUGAGAGAAAUUAUGGGGUUUUAGUGAAAAACGAUCCUUUAUUAAUAAAAUGGAGACGUUUUGGAGUCAACUCAUAUGUCUUAGACUAG